ACCCUAUAUACAUACAUGCAUAUCUACUGGGUAAUUAAAUAAUAAUUAUUUGAGUAUGGCAGGGCACAUUUGAGUUCUAGGUUUCAUUUCACCGUUAGAUUUCGCAGUAAGUCAAUUUUCCACGUUACAUAAUUUACGCUAUUUGAUUAUAUUUAAAAUGUAACGCGUCGUUCAAUAUUCCAUUUAUAAUGCAAAUGUACUACAUAUACACAUACACACAUACAUAUUAUAAAAAUUAACAACAGUUGCACGUUUCACAAAUUUCCACAUGCACGGAACGCACUAGAUUCAUUCACGCAGCUUCAAUGGAGAAUGCUUUCAAUUUGCCCACGAUUUCACUACCGGUACAGCAGAAUAUCAAAGAUGAACCAGGUUUUGACAUGUCAGCAAGCGCAACCGCAAUUGGCCAGCAGUUCGAUACAUAUCGAAACACCUAUCAAUUGUCACCGGCACAGAUGUCGCCAUUGUCCCCAGAAAGCAACCGCAAUGCAACGCCAUCGCCGAUCUCAUUGGGCACCAACGGAGCUUACACGGAGCAACUGUGCACUUUGAUGCAGGUCAGUACUCUCCAGGCUGCAAACUGUCAGAUGCAUGAAUUCGUAUUUAAUGAACAAGAAAACCAUGGAUUGGGCUAUGACGCCGGCAUGAUGAAUACUUACAAUAACAACACAAAUCACGCAGCAACGAACCACAAUUUUUGUGGAACCAUACGUAAUAAUACCAGCGGUGGCUGCUUUGAGCGCAUCAACAAUGCCGGCACUUGCGCUCCAACAGCGCACAAUGUCCAGAUUGCAGAGUCACAGCCACAGCUGCACAACCUAGUUUCAGAAAAGGAACGGAUUGAAAGAAUUAAAAAGGAUCUCAUGCAAACACCAAUAACGUUAAUGCAGUCUUCUCCACAAGCAACGGUCCCUUUACAGAUUGGUGGUCAUGAGAAUGCCAAUAUCGAUUUUUUCCAAUAAAUCCCACUGAUAUUAGAGAUAUUUUCUGUUAAGGAUCAAUCAAUCUACAUUUGCUAUUCUUUAGUUUUCGAACAAAUUUUAAGAUGAUUUUUAAGUCAUUUAAAUUUUUUAAAAGCUGGUAGCUUCUGCUUUAUGGAAUAAUCUACAGCUCCUUUUUAAAAUCACACCUUUUAUGCAUUAAAAUCGUAGAAAUUAGCACAUACUUAAAUGUACAUACUUAGAUACAUAUGUAAAUGCUAAAAUAUAUACAUAAGGACACAGUUUUGA